UUGAGCUCGAAGUCAGAGUCAGAAAGCAAAAGGGACUCUGAGACUCACAGAAGGCUAACAACAGGGACGCUGAAUUUUUGUUUUGAGUACUGCAACUGAAAGCGCUGGAAAAUGUGUAAAGGAUUAGCUGCCUUACCCCAGACCUGCCUUGAAAGGGCCAAGGAGAUCAAGUCCAAAUUGGGAGUUUUACUGCAGAAGCCAGAAAAUGCCAUCGACCUCAUCAUCCCCUACCCCGAGAAGACUGAGAAGAAGCCAGAGAAGCUGCAGAAGCCGACUCCUGACGAGGCUGCUCAGUGGCGUGAGAGUCUGGACCGAGUCCUGAACAACAGCUAUGGUCUGGCUGCUUUCCGUAGCUUCCUGCAGUCUGAGUUCAGUGAUGAGAAUAUCGAGUUCUGGAUGGCCUGCGAGGAUUUCAAGAAGACCAAGAACCCGGUGAAAAUGUCUACUAAGGCCAAGAAGAUCUACGAAAACUUCAUCCAGUCUGAGGGACCCAGAGAGGUGAACAUCGACCACUUCACCAAGGAUGUGACCCUGAGGAACCUGGUGGACCUCUCCUCUGGGACCUUCGACUUGGCCCAGAAGAGGAUCUUCGCCCUGAUGGAGAAAGACUCCUUCGGGCGUUUCCUGCGGUCUGAGCAGUACCAGGAGCUCCUGGUCAACUAAGCAGGAGUCUGAGGAGCUGGGGUGGGGAGGUGGGGAGGUGGGGAGCUUUCAAACAGCAGCCGCUCAGCAUGAAAACAAUAGGAAACAUUUGAUGAUUUUUAAAUUAAAUAUUUCUAAUAAACGACCAUUGUCUAAGACAGCUUGAAGACUUUUAUUUUGCAGAAUCUAAAUUCUGAAGGGGGACAUUUAAAAAUUCUGUUUCAAAUUCAGCUAGACGGAAAAUCUGCCUGAUGAAAUAGCCCCAUCUCCCCACCCGACGCACACGCACACGCACACGCACACGCACACACACACACACACACACACACACACACACACACACACACACACACACACACACACACACAUUCCUGUAUUUCAAUCUUAAUUAGGAUCAACAACAAUUUCCUAUCUUUUUAAAGCCUCCAGGAGUGAUGUCAGUUUAAAUACAGCCACAACAACCUGUUUGGUUUUCACACUAAUAGUAGAAAUACAGGAACACACACUCAAAUGUACAUGAAGUCAAGAUCCACAUCAAAACAUUCUUCAAUGGGUUCAUACGCAAAACUCACAACUCAUUUCGAGUUGGCCACAAAGUCAGUACUUUUGGAUAGAGAUACAAAGUAUGCUCUAGAGAUCAUCCCUUUAAAAAAGGAACCUAAACCUGCCCUUUGUGUGUCAAAGUGUUGUAGGAUCUUUGUCAGAUCUUUAGACAGAUUUGUGAUAGUUGAUCUGCACUGACAGUUGUGCAUUUUUUGACAUCUUCCUAAAAUUCUGUUCACAGCACAGCAAUAAUGUCGGUAAAAAUGAGGUUUGUUUGCAUUCAUUGUCUUUCCCCUGCUCUAGUUCAUCCACUCUAUAAUUAAAACCAUCUGGUCUAGAAACUCAAGGCAUCCCAGGUAGGCUCAUUACAAUUUCAGAGUGUUCACACAACCUGAAAAGUUAAUUACAGGUUUAAAGAGCUGCACCAUAACAAGCAGUGCUCAGUCAGUUCCAUAGCUACAGUAUAAAGGCAGCCCUAAGUACCACAACACUUUGACACAUAAGUAUAAAUUAGCCUUAAUUAGUGCUGGUUCUGUCCUCACCAGAUGCCCCUGAGGGGAUUGAUCUCAUCUGUAUAAUAUUUGAUCACAGCUAUAUUAAUAAUUAACUUCAUUCACAUUUACUUUACAGCUUCUGGCCUGUGUCAACAACACACCAGGCAACUUCGUAAUGCACCUAUGCCUAAACAUAACCAUGACAUCAUAUAAAACGCUUUCAGUGCAUUGGUCACAUUGUAAACUAAACCAAUAAUCAAACUGAGAUAUGACUUUUGGCAGUUUUGUCAAGAAGGCAAUUUGACCUCAAUGUUCGCUUUAAAUGUACAAAAAUGUCCAAUCAUUUACAAAACAAAAGCAAAACAAAACACAGUGUUUGUCUUCUUUCAUUGCACAUACAAGUGUAAUCCAAACAGAUGCCAAGUACGACUGUUAAGUAUUUUGUAGUUUUCCAAAGAAGAAUCAAAGUUAUUUUCAGUAUGACUUUCUAACUAACUCUUUCUGUCUGGAAACUAAAUGGACAGUUGGCUAUUUUAAAUCAGUGAAAUCCAACCAAAUAUUUUGUCAUUUUAAUUAAAGGAUGUUAAACGUAUUGGACUAGUAUCAAUGCAUGACUGAUUAUCAAUGAUUAUCACGUAACUUUGUCUUCCUGUCUGUUCCACACACUCACACCAAACCCCACCUUUUGGUUGUAAUGUAUCCUGUGAGAGCCGUCUUUGAGAACAGUGCUGGCUAGUUGGCUCGGCGGUCGAGCUCCUUGGCGACCGCUAAACUGCAAGUUGCUAAGAUGGGAAUAUCAAGUAGGAGGGAAUCUCAGAAUAACAAGUAAACAGAGCAGUGGUUUUAUACAAAGAACUGUCUUUUUCCCAUGUGAUAAUACCAAAGCUGUAUGUAUGCAUGCUGAGUCACUACAGAGGUCCAGACCUGAGUUUAGUGCAAAUUCACCAGUGAAGAGCAUGGGAGACAGAACUUGCAAGUUUGCAGCACUUGACAAGCUCCUCAGUGGUUUCUGAGAAUUAUUUCAUGCUGGGAAAAGUAAUUACAGGCCGUGGAGCACAUAUUUGAAGUGUAAGAUUUAAAUUUAAAGUAACAAAGGAAAUUUAUCAUAGCAUUAUAAUCAGACGAGUACAAACAAAGCCAAAUUUGUAUGUUCUUUUCAUGUAAUUGUUCAAGUUGAGACUUUAUACUUUUAACACAAGUUAUUAUUCACUCUUUAGACUGUAACAAAACACUGGUUUUAACCAGCUUACAUAAGGCUGAGACAUAAACAGAUGUAAUGGUGGAUUUGGUGUGCAAUGUUUAAGUGUCUUCAAUAUAUACUUUCAGUAAAAUGUAGCAACCAUUAAGUGUGAUUAUAUUUACUCUUUCCAUAUUUAUCAAAAGCAUAUUAUAUGUUUACCAACACAAAUAUUAUUAUCUAUAUAUUCAGCAUUUUACAAGUCCUUAUUGUUCUCACCAAAACAUCAAAGAUCAGGACAUCAGGAGUGACAUUUUUAAUUUUUCAUCAUUCUAAUAUAACGUUUAAAGAGUGCAUGGGAUCAACCAACAAAGUGGUAAAAAAUUAUUAAGAUUUAUCACAGUAUUGAAAGGCAUUGACAAGGUUUUAAAAUGGCACAGAUUGACCAGUCUGUUGUCAUAACCUGAAAUGUCAUAACUCAACAAAUGAUUCACAUUAAAAAAAAAAAAAAGAAAAUCAAUAAGGGCUUCAACAGUGCUGACUAUGUAUCAUUUGAUGUAGCUUUGCAUGUACGUUUUGGAGUCGAUCACAUAAAAAUAUAUAUGCAUACAAUUCCUGAAGAUGUAUUUAUUUAUAUGUGUAAAUAUCUACUAAGUUAUUCUAAUAGACAACAAUGGAAUCCAUGAUUCUUUGAAUGGAGAGCUGGCAGGACUGUUCCUAGAGUCUAUUCACUGUUAUAAAAGAGGAAACACUU